AUGGUCAUUGAGGUUGUGCACAGGGACCUAAAACCCUCAAAUAUAAUGUAUGCAGACAUCUCAGGAAGUCCAGAAUCCUUAAGGAUAUGUGACUUUGGAUUUGCAAAGCAGCUCCGUGCAGAGAAUGGCCUGCUCAUGACACCCUGUUAUACAGCAAACUUUGUGGCUCCAGAGGUAUUAAAAAAGCAAGGAUAUGAUGCAGCCUGCGAUAUAUGGAGUUUGGGAGUCCUCCUCUACACAAUGUUGGCCGGGCAAACGCCCUUCGCGCAGGGCCCCAGCGACACGCCAGAAGACAUCCUACAGCGUAUCGGCGAGGGCAAGUUCAGCCUCGACUCCGGGAACUGGGUCUCAGUGUCUCCCGCCGCUAAGGAUUUGGUGACGCAGAUGCUGCACGUGGACCCCGGCCAGCGGCUCAACGCGGGCCAGGUGGUGUCGCACCCGUGGCUCCUCCACCGCGAGGCGCUGCCCAACCUCAGGCUCCUGCUGCAGGACGCGUCGCUGGUCAAGGGCGCCAUCUCCGCCACGUACAGAGCCAUCAACCACGCCCCGCGCGCGCCCAACCUGGGCCCCGUGGCGGCGUCCGCGCUGGCUCGCCGCCGCGGCAAGUCGAGGCCGAAGUCGUCGACGGAGGUCUGACAUUCGGCCGCCCGCCCCGACCCGCCGCGCCCGGACGUGAUGGACACGUCCCCCCUCCCGGAGGGCCUCCUGGAGGGCCUUCCGCAGGGCUCCGCAGCCCUCGACCACGCCCCUCGCCUCUCCUCAGCGCCAGAUCCUCAGCAGCAGCACUUCGACCAGCGUCAGCAACAGCAUCAAACGCCACAGCCAUCCCUGGCGGCCUCCUGGGACCCCGCGGCGCACGACGGUCCCCAGGGCUCGCCCGCCCGCGCCCCCGCCCGCGCCCCCGCCCCUUUGGGCUCGGAGAGCGAGAGGGGCGGGCGCGUGUCCCCCCCUCCCGCUGCUAGUCCUCCGACCCCGCGCCCUGCCGUCACCAGCGCCCCCCCCGCCCCCUCCCCCGGCGUCGACUCCCCCGCCCCCCCCUCCAAGCAGCAGCCCGGACAGGCCGCCACCAAGCACCGCCGCCGCUCGCACCGCCGGCAGCGCCGCCGUCGCCGCGCCGUCUCCAGCGCCUCGUGAGCAGGUGGGCGGCCGGCGUGAGGAGGAGCAGGAGGAGGAGGAGGACAGGCGCGCCCCUCCGUCAGCCUCUGCGGCAGCCCUUCCGCCAGGCGUCGCCGUGGGCCGGAGGGCGGGGCGGAGCGCGCGCGCGUGCGAGCGAGCAAGAUACAGUACCCAGGAUGGCCAUGACAUGCAGUAGCUCAUUAACAGUCCACAGUCCACAAUCAGCCGUAAACUAACUAGUCGUGUAGAAUAUAUUUUUUUUCAUUUUUUCUUUGUUUCCACGUGGGUGACAGCAAGAGCCAGGACGCGGCGACCAGAGGCGGCCCUCGUCCAGCGGAAGAGCGGAGGGCCAGAAACACGGACGUACACUGACAUCUUUCAUACAUUGUUUUGUCACUAACGAUAAGUGUCUCCACCUGCGGGACUGUUUCGCGUUCGCCGGAAAUCUGACAUAAAUGAAUACGAUACAUGGGCAUAAUGUGGGUACUCUUUUGUAUGGUGACUCCGUAGUAAUUCGUAUUGUGCGUUGUAUGUGGUUUAUACUGAAUCUUACGGCACCUUGAUCCCUUCGGCUUCAAUCAAACAGGUGCAGGAGGAAGAAGGAGGAGAAAAGAGAGAUUAAAGGAGGAGGAGGAGCAGGAGGAGGAGGAGGAGGAGGAGGAGGAAGAAGAAAAGAUGGAGAGAGAAGUUACCGGAGGCGAACCAGGUCAAGGUGAUAACAUAUUUUCCCCCGAAUCUUCUAUCAGUGUUGUAAAAAAAAAUUGAAAGUAUUCUCCUUUAGUCUCGUCCAGUCAUUGUUAUCGUGUGUUGUUAUAUCAGGAACAGAAGAGGGGAGAGAGAGAGAGAAAGAGAAAGAGAGAGAGAGGGAGAAAGAGAGAGAAACGCGAGGACAAGGAAGGAGACGGAAUAGGGUGGGGAGGGGGAGGAGAUAAGGAGGGCGAAAUGGAAUAGAAGAAUAAAAAGAGGUUGAAAGGAAGGGAGGGGAAGAGGAGGAAGAUUAAAAAUAUAAAGGAUAGGGAGAGAAAGAGAGAGAGAUAUGAGGAGGCAGGAAGAGGGAGUAGGAAGAGACGGGUAAACGAGGUGCAUAAAGCAUAAUUCAAUCAUUCCUAUAUCUUGUCGGGAGGUCUGUGUUUUCUCAGUGUCACCGGAAUGGCAUUUCAGUGUUUUAUAAGAAACAGAAAACGGGAAAUGAUCCCCCAUAAAACGAAAACUGAAAAUAAUUUUAAGAAAAAAAAAAAGAUCGUGAUCCAUUCGAAAAGAAAGAAAGAAAACGGGAAAUGAUUCAUGUAACAAAGAAAACGGGAAACGAUUCAUAUUACAAAGAAAACGGGAAUUGAUAAUUGUGGAUGCUGAGCUCCUUUAAUCCAUGUGGACGUUCGAAGGGCGGAAGGGAGACGGCGAUAGGCUUGUCCCUUCGCUCUCAGGUGUAGGUGUCACUCAUCUCCGUUCUUGAGCUUCUGCCGUAGAGCUUUUGCCGUGUUCCCCAAUAUUUUCAGUGUUAGGAAGCCCUUUCAUUUCCUCGCCAGCUCCUCCGGUCAUCUCGUACUGCCCGUGGAGAUGGCGGAAAGACAGACACACACGCAAAUAUACAUACGGGCUUUCUUUUUUUUCUUAUUUUUUUAAGAGUCUGCUGCGUUUUUUUGGGGAAAAGACGAUGGCGAAGACAAUUGCAUUUCCCCCUCCCUCCCCCCUUUCCGUCUCUUCCUCUUUUUUUUUCUCCCUUACCCCUCACUCCCUCUCCUUUCCCCCCCUUCUCCAUCGCCCCCUCUUUUUUCCCUUUCUCCAUCUCUCCCUCUAGCAUUCCACAGGUGUGUUGCAGGCAUGUCACGUGUGCUCGCCAGGUGCUCUGUAUGCCUGCCACGUGCAUCCUCAUGCCCAUGCCGAUCGUAUGCCCGUAUGCCCAUCUUCCUCCGUCUUCCUCCCCAGUCACCCCCCCCCCCCCCCGUGUCACUCCGCCGCUUCUCCCAAGUCCACAGGAUUCGUGUCGUAAAUUCCUGCGUCUCGGCGCUCGCCCAGGUAUCCUCCGGGGCUGCUGGUCGUGGCCGGACCCAGGCGAUUAGUUCCCAGAGCUCGUAAAGCGUCUGCAGCGCUGGUCUUCCGCUCGCCUUCGGAAUCCCCUGCCCUCUCUCCCUGCCCUCUCUCCCUGCCCUCUCUCCCUGCCCUCUCUCCCUGCCUUUCCCUCGGUCCUCGCUUUCCUCCCUCUUUCCUUUUCUUACCCUCCUCGUCCUCCCGUGCCUCUUCACAGCACGUUCCUCCAGAUCCCCCUCCGCCAUCCCUCCCGUCCAUCCUUUCCUCUCCUUCCUUUUCCCAUCGUUUUCCUUCUCCCCUCACCUUCCUCUUUCCCCUCUCCCUCCAUGUUGCUUCAUCCUUUUGCCUUCUCCCUCACUUUCCCCUAUCGCUCAUUCUCCCCUGUCCUCUCACCUCUCCCCUCUCCCUUCUCCUCCCCUCUCCCUUCUCCUUCUCCUUCUCCUUCUCCUUCUCCUUCUCCUUCUCCUUCUCCUUCUUCUUCUCCUUCUCCACUCUCCCUCCCUCUCCCCUCUCCUCGCCCCUCUCCUCUCUCCCCUCCCCCUCCUCCUCCCCCACCCCAUCGCCAGCGUAACUCAAGCGAGCAGACGGAGCGACGUUGCAGAUCAAAUUUUGCCCGAGUACAUAAAUUAUGUCUUCUGCUGUAGGCGGCGAGGACGAGGAAGCAGAAGGUGCAGAAGUUGUUAUUCCAGCGCCAUUCACUUGUUUGUUUGUCCAGCCUUUACUUGUUCCCUUUUUUUAUUUUGUAAUAUCAGUUUUGUUGUUGUAAAUAUAUAUAGAGAGAGAACGACGCGAAAGGAAAGUGUAUUAACCAGAUGGUCUUAGUAAAUACUUUUUACUUGCCACUGAUAUUUUUUUUCUUCUCCAAAACAUGAUAAAUGAAUAGUGUUCAGCAAAAAGAAGAAGAAAAAAAAAAGAUAUCCUUAGGGGGAAAAUGAUAAAAUGUAUUUUUUUGAUGGCAAGUUGUAAAUUUUUUAUAGGAUGCUAUGACGUAAAUCUAUGACACCGGUGCAAUGCCCACACAGCUGGAACUAGCUGAGCCGGGGGAUUGAGGGGGGGGAGGUGGUAUGGGUCAGAGGGGGUGGGGGGGGUGGGGCAAGGUAUAGGGGAUGGGAAAUAAAUAAAGAAGGAAGGAAGGAAGGAUUUUUAGGGUUAGUAUUUAGGGAAACAAGUUACUCAUGAGUUACCUAAUAUCCUUACGUAAAGGAAUCAGCAACUUUUAUUUUUCCUUUCUCAUUUUUUUUUUUUUUUUUUGGUUUACGUAGUCAUGUACAUAUAUACAUAUAUAUCGCUGUUAAACUACACUUCUCAUCCUAGCGCGUGUUGAACAGAUAGUUAGAAAGAAACAAAGAAAACGGAUCCAAGUUCUCCCUGCCUCCUGCUCAACGUACAAGGUGCUUUCGGGCAGGAGAAACGGAAGAACUUUAACAAUAAAAGACAAAAAAACAAAAAACAAAAAAAAAGAAAUAGAAUUGUGAAAAAAAGGCGCCCACACGACUGCCAUGAGACAGCAAUUUGUCAUCGAGCAAGAGAAGAAUUUUUGCCAGAAAGAAAACGGGAAGAGAAAAUCCUGUCGGGGUUUUUGUUUACGUCAUCUCCUUGCCCCCCCCCCCCCCCUCGGUAGGCUUCAUGGUGGUGCCAGCUGUGAAUAUUUUGGAAAUUUAUUUUUACUGUUGCUAUUUAAAUGUAAUGUUUAAGUUCCGAAUAAUAAAGAUACUUCUUACAAGCAGUUAA